UGGAAUAUUGAAAAACCCACAAUCAAGAAUCCAUCUCUCUCUCUCUCUCUCUUCCUAGCCAUUAUCAACGCCUCGCUUUACUUUCCCAGUUACAUAAAGCAGAGAACCAGACACGCCCUCUCGCGCGAGAAUUCUCGAUCCCAACAGCAAGCCAGUGCUUUUUACAUGGCGUUUCUUCAAUGUGACUUCAGAUUCGAGUUUUCAAGAGCUUAGCUUCGAGAAGCCGUCAUCUGGGUCUUUGCGCUAGACCUCAAGGAAGGAGCUUUUUGGGUUUUUUCCUUCCUUUCCUUUUCGUUUGCGAUUCUGGGUUUGGAAAAUUCUUGGGUUGCGAAAGGGACGAAAGGGAAAGAUGUUGGUGAGGAAUGUGGUGGUGUUGAUGCUGUUGGUGACGGUUGUUGCUCCGAUUAUUCUCUACACUGAUAGAAUCGGCACUUUCAAAUCUGCCUCUUCUAGGAAUGAAUUCAUAGAGGAAGGCACAUCCUUUACUUUUAGUGGUGAUACAGGGCGUUUGAACGUGCUUCCACAGGAAUCAUCAGCAACUCUUAAAGAGCCGAUUGGAUUAGUGUACACAGAUAAUACAACUAAAGAUUUGCAAAAACAAGAGGGAAUAGAGCAUAAAUCUGCAAGAGUAUUGUCAGCAACGGCUGAUGACGGUCAAGCUCAAAAGGAGAACCCCAUCAGACAGGUAACUGAUGGGAAAAAUCAAGAAAUGCAGAGUGGAAUUUCGGGAAAGUCUACUGUGGCAGGGGACAAUGAAGUUAGGAGAGAAGGGAAAAUUCCCAAGGACAAGGAUGGGAAAGCUAAAGUUUCCAGGCGGUCAUCAUCAGAUAAUGUUGCACAGAAUGUGGAAGUGAAAGCCGAAGACCGGUCUCCUAAGACUCCUGUCAUCCGUGGAAAACAAGAGACUGCAAAAUCUGUGGAGGGACAGAAUGAGCAAACGGCAAUGCCCGAUGCUCGUGUCCGGCAGCUUAAAGAUCAGUUGAUCAGGGCCAAAGUUUACUUAUCUCUACCAGCCACUAAGAACAAUCCUCAUUUUACUAGAGAGCUUCGACAGCGGAUCAAGGAAGUUCAACGAGUGGUUGGGGCAGCAGUUAAAGAUUCCGAUCUGCCGAGGAACUCAAAUGACCGGUUGAAAGCUAUGGAGCAAACAUUGGCCAAAGGCAAGCAAAUUCAAGAUGACUGCGCUGCUAUUGUACGGAAACUUAGGGCUAUGCUCCAUUCGACAGAAGAGCAGCUUCGAGUGCACAAGAAGCAGACGCUGUUCUUGACACAGUUGACUGCAAAAACCCUUCCAAAGGGUCUUCAUUGUCUUCCUUUACGCCUUACUAGCGAGUACUAUGCCCUGAAUUCUACCCAACAGCACUUCCCAAACCAAGAGAAAUUGGAGGACCCCCGGCUGUUCCAUUAUGCACUGUUCUCUGACAACGUGUUGGCAGCAGCUGUUGUCGUGAACUCAACAAUCACCCAUGCGAAGGAACCCUCGAAACACGUCUUCCACGUUGUUACAGACCGGCUCAACUAUGCAGCAAUGAGGAUGUGGUUCUUAGUAAAUCCUCUGGGGAAAGCCACUAUUCAAGUUCAGAACAUAGAAGAAUAUACCUGGUUAAACUCGAGUUACAGUCCAGUGCUCAAGCAGUUGGGUUCUCCAUCCAUGAUUGAUUAUUACUUCAGGACUCAUCGUGCGAAUUCUGAUUCAAGUCUGAAGUACAGGAACCCUAAGUACUUAUCUAUUUUGAACCAUCUUCGAUUUUACCUACCGGAGAUCUUCCCCAAGCUGGAUAAGGUGCUGUUUUUAGAUGAUGAUAUAGUGGUACAAAAGGACCUCACUGGUCUGUGGUCCCUAAAUUUGAAGGGAAAGGUCAAUGGUGCUGUGGAGACUUGUGGGGAAAGCUUCCAUCGCUUUGAUCGCUAUCUCAAUUUCUCUAAUCCUCUCAUCUCAAAGAAUUUCAAUCCCCAUGCUUGUGGCUGGGCCUAUGGCAUGAACGUCUUUGACUUGAAGGAAUGGAAGAAGCAAAACAUCACUGGAGUGUACCACAAUUGGCAGAAACUUAAUCAUGAUAGACAACUGUGGAAGUUGGGGACCCUGCCACCUGGCUUGAUUACAUUCUGGAAUCGUACUUAUCCACUUGAUCGGUCGUGGCAUGUGCUGGGACUAGGUUAUAAUCCUAAUGUCAACCAGAGGGAGAUAGAGCGGGCUGCCGUCAUUCACUACAACGGCAACAUGAAACCGUGGCUUGAGAUUGGCAUGCCCAAGUACCGGAACUAUUGGACAAAGUAUGUUGAUUACGAUCAUGUCUAUCUGCGGGAGUGCAACAUUAAUCCAUAAACCAACUCUGGAUUCGCCCGUCGGUGACUUUCCCCGAGCAUCAAGAUACCUAUUCUUACAGGUCCACAUCACUCUCCAUGUAGGCACUUGUUUUUUGUCAGGAAUUAACGCUCUCCGAUUCUUUCUGUACACAUUUCAGUUUUCCCCUUUCUUUUCUUUUUUCUUGGUUCAUUUUUGGGCAUAGUAGAUUUGGUUCGAGAAUGAGUUAUGCAAUGCUCUGUUCCUUAUAGCAAAAUUUGCAGGUGAAUUUGUAAAUGAAUGAAGCUAGCAGUUUUUCUUUUUUCCCUUUGCCGGCCGUGUCAUUAGAAUCAAUGUCAAUCUUUUAAGAGCGUGAUUCUCCUCUCCUUGACAUUCGACUCGUUUGCUCAUGCCAAUGGACUUAUUGCCUGAACGUGUAGGGUUUUCUAUUUGAGUUCCUGACCAUAACAUUUUGUUCACCUACGGAUGAAGGGUUGUUCUGGUGCCCAUUUUGGGUGAAUGUUCUAAACGGGGAGCUUACUGUCAGACAUAUUCCUUCUUUCAAAAGGACAAAGAAAGAGGGUUGUGAAUCUUUUACAUUGUCCAACCAAAGUAAAGCCGGUGUGGAUCAUUUGUCCUUUGUUGUUGCCCACUGCCGACCAUUAGUGAAAUAUAUAGCAAAGUAUUGAUUUUUGAGUAGCUUUUGUUUGGGACUUUGUUGGAGUUUCCUUCUUCUGCUCUUUUGUAUUUGUUCUAUAUAUGUGUGUGUGUGUGUAAUACGAUGUUAGGUAAGGAUGAUGAUGAAAGGUGUGAGCUUUGCUGUGAAGUUGGGAAGGGAAAUAGCUGUCAAAUGUGGGUAUGCAGUGAUGAUGCUCUGAGAGUGAGAUCUGGGUGAGGCCAGUGCGCAACCCCACAUGUGGUUGGUCGAGUAUGAAAUAUUAAUUGGUUGAGACUUGUCACAUGCAAACCUGUUCUUGGUGUUUGAAAAAAAUUGCAUGUUUGGUAUUCUAUUAUUCAUUAUUUAUCAUCUGGGAGUCAUUUGCCCUUCAAUUACGGUUGGAGAUGGAGAUGAGUGAAUGAGGGUGGUGGUGGUGGUUGUCAAAGCAAAUCAUUUGGGUCCUCCCCCCACCUUUCGGCCAGUUCUUUUAGUGGGGGGUUGGCCCCCAUGCCUUUCUCCUUUUGAAUUGUAUUCUCGCUUUAUGUGGAGAAGGAAAAUUUAAGUGGACUGAUGAACGUUCGGUGAGUGGGGUGCUAAUCUGGAGCGUUGGUUUGGUGGGGGCAGUGUACAGCUGUCAUCAUUUUGGUGAAUUUUGCUAUUGAAUUA